AUGCUGGGUCUCUGGGCCAGGUCGUGCCAACGACCUCCAGUAUCCAUUUUCAUCAACUUGAAGGGUUCGAAUUCGCCGUUGGACAGUACACAGAAAUACCAUGUUCAAGUCGCGUUCAGCAUCCGGAAUUGGGUUUUUAGAGACAUUAAUGCCUCUUAUAUUACUAGAUCACCCCUCCGAAGGUUUAAUUCAACAAAAGCGACGCCUCCGACGCCUCGACCUCCCGAACUGCUCCCCAAACGGUCGCUCCUCUCACGCUUUAUUCCCUCAUCUUUGACCUCAAAGGAUGCAAAUGGAUCUUCUUCUUUCGGUAAAAUUAUGUCUUUGGCGAAACCAGAAUGGAAACCAUUGACAAUGGCCAUUGGUUUACUCUUGGUCUCUUCGGCUGUUUCGAUGAGUGUCCCAUUUACUAUUGGCAAACUUAUUGAUUUCUUCUCUACCACAAACCCACAAAUUCCAUUUGGCUUGUCUGUUUGGCAAGCGUCUGGUGGUCUCAUGCUAUUGUUUACAUUGGGUGCCACUGCAAAUGCUGGUCGUGCUAUUCUCAUGCGACUAUCGGGUCAGAGAAUCGUCGGCCGUCUUCGCGAACGAACAUAUGCCGCAGCCCUUAGACAAGAGGUAGAAUUUGUCGAAAGAGGUGAAGGUGAUGUUCUCAGUCGAUUAACCACAGACACAAGCAUUGUUGGUGAAAGCGUCACCCAAAACUUAUCUGAUGGUCUCCGUGCCAUUGUGAUGUCAACAGUUGGAUUGGGUGCAAUGAUUUAUGUUUCACCGAAGUUGACGAUGUUGAUGUUGGCUGUCGUUCCACCGGUGUCUUUGGGAGCUGUAUUUUACGGUCGCUAUCUAAAACAACUCUCCAAUAAAACACAAGAAGCGAUGGGUGAAAUGACCAAGAUUGCCUCAGAAUCUCUUACUGCUUUGCGCACAGUUCAAUCGUAUAACGCUAUACCACAAGAAGAAGAAAAGUUCCACCAAAAAAUUCUGAAAGUGCUGGCACUUGCCAGAAAAGAAGCCAUUGCUAGUGGUAUAUUCUUUGGAAGCACCGGAUGGAGUGGCAACAUCACUCUCUUGGCCCUUCUUUCCUAUGGUGGCACACUGGUCUCUCAUGGAGAUAUAUCUAUGGGCGAUUUAACAAGUCUCUUACUUUAUACAGUUUAUGUGGGAAGUGGCUUACAGAUGCUUACCACCUUCUUCUCCUCUAUUAUGCGUGGAGUUGGUGCAGGUGUGCGUGUCUUCGAAGUUCUUGACAGGAAACCAGAAAUACCGUACGGUACGGGCGAAGAAGUUCCGGGCAACCAAUUCGAAACCAUCAAGUUCGAACGUGUGCAUUUCGAAUAUCCCAGCCGUCGAGGCAUUGAGAUCUUGAAAGAUUUUAACUUGGAGCUGAAAGCCGGAGAAAGUGUUGCUAUUGUCGGCGAGAGUGGUGGUGGAAAGUCAUCUAUUCAUUCACUCCUUCUCCGCUAUUAUGAUCCAGUCCAGGGAAAGAUUACUUGCGAUGGAAAAGACAUCCGUGAUUUUUCAACAACUUCAUGGCGAUCAAUCAUUGGCGUUGUUCCUCAAGAUCCGGUUUUGUUUACUGGAACAAUAGCGUCUAAUAUCGCCUUUGGGAAUCCAGGGGCGACCCGUGAAGAUAUUGAACAUGCAGCACGAGAGGCCAAUUGCGAGUUCGUAUGGGGUAUGCCUAACGGAUUCGACACUGAAAUUGGACGACUCAGUCUCAGUGGGGGUCAGCGUCAACGCCUUGCCAUAGCCCGUGCACUUUUAAAGAAACCAGUUAUACUGGCUCUCGAUGAAGCCACUAGCUCACUGGAUGCAACCUCCGAGCGCAGGGUAAACGACGCUGUCGAUAAGAUCCUGCGUUCACGUCAAACUACGGUACUUUUUGUUGCUCAUCGGUUGUCAACGAUUGCUCGGGCAGAACGCAUUGUUGUUUUAGAAGGUGGGCGUAUCACCGAGUCCGGAACAUAUCGCGAAUUAGUCGGUCGAAAGGAUUCACGUUUCCGAGUUCUCAUGGCGGCUCAGCUCAAUGCUGCUGCAGGAGAGAAGCUCUACCUCGGAGAAGAAAUAGAAACAGAGCAAGAUGAAGACGAUGAUUUGGAAAUCACAGAAGAGGAAGGUGGAUCUUCAGUGUCCGAAAAAACUCGGUCGGCUUCAUCAUGA